CGCAAGCAUCCUUAACCUUACAAAAUCCAAGAGAAAUUUAAUCUUUUGCUAAAAUGUUAUAACUCCCUAGCCGUUCAUGCAUGUCAUCUUCACCUAUCUACAUCAAAUGACUCUGAAGACAUUAUUGUACAUUUGUAAGUAGCCCCACACAUACAUCUUAUGAGUGUACUAGAACAUUUACAAUAUUCACUAGGCAUAUUGCAGUAAUGUCAAUUGAUUAAUACUUUUUCCAAUACUGCUGCAAUGUUACUAAUUAUAGUAUACAAAGUUACGUUCACGAAAACACUACAAUAUCUAAUGACUUUUGCUCACUAAAUGUGUUAGUGCGCCUGAAAUAUGAUAGUGAGUUAGUGACUGUACGUCAUGGGUCAUCAGGGUACCUACCAGGCUACCAGAAAUGAUACCGCGACAACCAAUUCAUAAGAUAUUUUUACCAGUAAAAUCUGUGGCAAAAUUUCAGCACCACAAAUUUUCACAAACAAAAUCUCAUCAGAUCUGGCCAGAAAAGUUAAUCAGCUAGCUUUGAAUGGAGUUACGCAGCCCCAUCAAGCUCCUAGUGUCAACUGAAGCCGCAACAAUGCUUGGCUUCUUUCUAUUCCUUUACUGCCUAAUAAGAUGGAAAACUUACCGUGAUACAGCCAAAAUUUACCCACCCGAACCAUCUGGUUCAUGGCCUUUCAUUGGCCAUCUACCUCUUCUUGGAAGAAGCCUUCCUCACAUUUCAUUGGGAAAGUUAGCAGAUAAAUAUGGUCCAAUUUUCAUGAUCAGGCUCGGUGUCCAUCGAACCCUGGUUGUGAGCACAGCAGAGAUGGCUAAAGAGUGCCUAGGCACCAAUGACAAAGUAUUCUUAAACCGGCCUUACACAACUUUUAUUGAGCAUCUGGGUUACAAUUCUCUUAUGAUGGGUUUCAGCCCUUAUGGCCCUUACUGGCGUGAGAUGCGUAAGAUAGUCGUGACUGAGCUACUGUCCAGUCAUCGGCUAGAGAUGUCAAAACAUGUUCGAUUAUCUGAGGUAAGAUCGGUCAUAAAAGGUACACAUGAUAGCUUCUUAGUCAAGAAAAAUUCAAGUCCUGACUUUGAUAAUAAUGUAUUAGUGGACAUGAAACAGUGGUUCAGUGACAUAAACUUAAAUACAUCAGUAAGAUUAAUAGCUGGGAAGUCGUUAAAGGAAUUCUAUAAAGGCGAGGAAGAAUAUAACAUGUGCAUAAAAGCUUUGAGGGACUUUUUUGACCUGGGAGGUGCCUUUGUUCCUGCUGAUGCUCUUCCAUACUUGAGGUGGCUUGAUAUUGGAGGGUAUGAAAAAUCUAUGAAGAAAGUAGCAAAGGAAAUCGAUCAUGUAGCUCAAGGUUGGUUGGAUGAGCAUAGAACCAGACGACUUUUUGAAGAUCAGGGGAAAGAAAAACAGGACUUUAUUGAUGUAAUGCUUGGUAUAUUCGAUACUGGAUUGAAUACCCCUUCGCGAAUUGAAGCAGAUAGAAUCAUCAAGGCCAAUAGCAUGGCUUUGCUACUAGCAGGAGCAGACACAACCGCGGUAACCUUAACUUGGACACUAUCAUUGUUAAUGAAUAACAGAGAAUCUCUGAAAAAAGCUCAAGCUGAGAUAGACUAUCAUGUGGGCAAAGAAAGGAAAGUCGAUGAGUCGGACCUCAAGAAAUUUGUCUACUUACAAGCUGUUCUCAAGGAAUCUAUGAGGAUAUAUCCAGCUGCACCACUAUUAACUCGAGAGUCCAUUGCGGACUGUACAGUGGGUGGUUAUCAAAUCCUUACUGGCACCCAACUCUAUGUCAAUAUGUACAAGAUACACAGGGACCCUGAAUUGUGGCCUGACCCCUUGGAUUUUCGCCCCGAAAGAUUUCUCACAACUCACAUAGAUUAUGAUGUCAGAGGGCAAAAUUUUGACCUUAUUCCUUUUGGAAGUGGCAGAAGAAUAUGUCCUGGUAUAUCUUUUGCCUUGCAGAUGACUCAGUUUACAUUAGCUAAUUUACUCCAUGGUUUCGAUAUCUCAUCUAUAUCUGAUGAAGCUGUCGACAUGACUGAGAGUUUAGGAAUAACUAACCUCAAAGCCACACCGCUUGAAGUCUGCCUCAAACCCCGUCUUCCAGACCAUGUUUAUAAAUUGUAAUAAUCCUAAGCUAGUUGGAUUGUAACCUAUAAUAUCACUAAGUCUUACUACUUAAUAAUGUUGUUUAUCGCGUUAAUUCCCUUAAUUUUAUCUUUAGCCAGGCCAAGUUCCCUGAGUUGUUGGUUCCAUAUGUGUCCAAGGUGUUCUUGAAAUACAGUUCAGCAUUUACUUUGAGCAA